AAAUCCAUGUCAAGAUCAGAUCGAGACUGCUCUCGCCAGUCACAGCCAGGUGUUUAGCCAUGCAUUGAGAUCGUUAUCGAUAAAGCCCGCCUGCAAAAAAAUCUGUGUCAACCCCCACCUGGCUUGCACUAUUUUUCUCUAUCCAUCCACUCACAGGCGAUCGCCGACGCCGAGGGACGAUGAUAAAAUGCAACAUUCACCUUCCAUCCAACAUGGAUUUCUUUCUUUUCCCUCUCUGCAAUUUCAAUCAAGGUUCUCACCUCUACCACAGUGAGCGACUUCAGGAGUUUUGCGCUCACUAAUCCUCAGAAAGCUCCAAUUCACACAUCCCACCGAUCAACAUCGGUGGAAUUGAUCAAUAUCGUCUUUUUCUCUCUGCGCGCGAAACUACGUCAUUAUGGGUAACACCAAAGACGUUAACACAGCCGUUCGAGCUACGAGUGUCGACCUUGGGCGCGAUGUUUACGGCACCGCGGGCUCGAGCUCGAAAUCGCCUAUCGACGAGCACGGAAACCCCCAAAUCGUCGAAGCCAGCCCCGAACGUCCUGCCGCCGUCGAGAAACAGACAUGGCGCCAGAAGCUUGCAUUCUUCAAGACAAGAGAUUUUUGGUUCAUCUUGGCCUUAGGUCAGGUACUGGCUAUCUGCAUCACGGGUACAAACACUUUGACCACUCUCUUGGCCGAGGAGGGAAACAGCAUCCCCGCCUUCCAGACCCUCUUCAACUACAUAUUGCUUAAUAUCAUCUACACGAGCUAUACGAUUUACAAAUAUGGGUUCAAGAAGUGGUUGCACCUCUGCAUUCAUGAUGGCUGGAAAUAUAUCAUCCUCGCUUUCAUGGAUGUCGAAGGCAACUAUUUCACGGUCUUGGCGUAUCGGUACACCACGAUCUUGUCAGCCCAACUGAUCAACUUUUGGGCCAUCGUCAUUGUCGUAGUUGUCUCCUUCAUCUUCCUCCGCGUCCGCUACCACUGGGCUCAGGUACUCGGCAUCUUCGUUUGCGUUGCCGGUAUGGGUCUCCUGCUUGCAUCCGACCACAUCACAGGCUCCAACGGCGGUGAUGUGUCUUCUGGCAACCAGCUGAAGGGAGAUCUGUUCGCUCUCUUGGGUGCAACUUUCUACGGAUUCGACAAUGUCUAUGAGGAAUGGUUCGUGUCUGGUCGUCCACUCUACGAGGUCAUUGGACAAUUGGGAUUCUGGGCCACACUUAUCAACGGUGCCCAGGCCGGCAUUUUCGAUCGCCAUAGUUUCCGGACCGCAACCUGGAACGGUGCUGUCGGAGGCUAUCUGGUCGGAUACACCUUGAUUCUGACCAUUUUCUACACAUUGGUUCCGAUUCUGUAUCGUUUCGCCAGCGCCGCCUUCCAGAACAUUUCGCUCUUGACGGGCAAUUUCUGGGGUGUCAUCAUUGGACUUCACGUGUUCCAUCUGCAUGUACACUGGAUGUACCCUAUCGCUUUCACACUCAUUAUGGUCGGUCAUUUUGUUUACUACUUUGGAAAGGGUGUGAUGGGAGAAGCCCAAAAGGCGUGGUUGGGAGAAGAUCAGGAGCGAGGUAUCGAUGGAUUCGGUUCCGCCAAGAGAAGGAUGAAAUUGGCACAGCAGGGUUCUGCUGGUGUCAGGAGAGGCGAUGAAGGAACAGAGAGCAUGGGAGUGGUGUAAUCGAAGAGACGUCAAAAGCGUGCAUAUUCCGACGACCACCAUACUACGAUUCAGCAUCUCGAAUGCAGAGGAGGCACCUCUGGG